UUGAGGAAAGGGCUACAUUUCAGAGGAUAUAUUAUGGUUUAGGUGCGUUGAAAAAUGGUUUCCUACAAGGAUGUAGACCUAUCAUAGGUCUAAAUGGCUGCUUCCUCAAGAGUCCCUUUGGAGGUCAGCUGCUUACAGCCUUGGGUAGGGAUGCCAAUGAAAAUAUGUUCCCUAUUUCCUUUGCUGUUGUUGAGGUUGAGAAUUACGACAGUUGGGGUUGGUUUUUGUGGGAAUUAAUCAGCCAAAUUGGAAGAGGAAACAAAGGAGUGGCUUACACUUUCAUCUCAGAUAGACAAAAGGGUCUUGUCCAUGCAAUUGAAGAAUUAUUUCCUGAAUCAGAGCACAGAUUCUGUUUGAAACAUAUGUUCGAGAACUUCAAACAAAGAUUCAAGGAUCAAGACCUUAGAGAUCUGUUUUGGGAGGUAGCUGCAGCAGCAAGCAGGCCGGAGCAUGAAACUGCCCUUUCAAAUCUUGAGAGGGCUGACCCACAGGAAGGUGACAAGCUAAUAGCUGCGGGAUGGAUCAAACGGUUGCCUCCAAAAUUAUAGUAUAGAGCUCAUUUUAGUACAGCUUGUAGGAGUGACACUUGCGUUAACAACAUGAGUGAGUCAUGGAAUAAUUACAUUUUAAAAGCUAAAGGGGAGCCAAUAAGAUCAAUGCUAGAGUGGAUUCGGAGGAGAUUAAUGCAAAGGUUGGUAACCAAACGAGAGGGCAUGCUGAAACAUGGUAGAACUUUAUGUCCAAACAUUUAUGAGAAAUUGGAGAAACUUAAGAUAAAGGCAAGAAAUUGUGUUGCGGUUUACGAAGGAAAUGGAAAUUUGGAAGUUGAUGGCUAUGGAAAGACAAAUGUUGUCAAUUUGGAGUUGAAAACUUGUACCUGUGGUCAUUUUCAGCUUAGUGGCAUUCCUUGCGUGUAUGCGGUUGCCUGCAUUCAGAGCAGAAAGGUGAAAUUCGAGGAAUAUGUUGAUGCUUGUUACCAUAGGGAAGCAUAUUUAAGGGCCUACAACUUCACAAUUGGUCCCGUUCCUUCGAAGCAGUUCUGGGUAGAUAGCAAGAUGCAAUAUCUGAACCCACCAUUGGUGAAAAAACAGCCUGGUAGGCCAAAAAAACAGAGAAAGAAGGGUCCAGAAGAGCCUACAAAUCAGCAGAAAGCAAGUAGGAAAGGACUUGCAGUUUACUAUCGGAGAUGUUUGAAAACUGGACAUAACAUACGUACUUGCAAAUCAGCGAUUGACCCUAAGUCUAAACUUUACAAACACCUAAAAUUGGUCAAACAGCUUCAAAUGCAACAUCCGUAGCUUCUGCUGCUCAGGAGCCAAAUCAGCCUAUAGGUGGUACCAACCAAGAAAGCCAGCAAAGCAGAUUCUCAAAGAGAAAGCAACCUAUUGCAACUUCAAGGAUGUCAAGGUUGCGACAUUGUGGCUCCAAGAGACCAAGAAAAUGAAAAGCUGUUUUUCUGAUUUUAUUGAUUAACAAUACUGCUUAUGCCAAGUAGAAUAUGUCAUUUUAUUGGUUGACUGUACUGAUGCCAUUAUGGUAUGGAUGGAUGUUGCAGUAUUUUUCAUUGUACUCAGAUUUUUGGUUAUUUUUUGGUUGACUGUUGCUCUCGUGGAUAUUGUAUUAUGGUUUUUGUGUGAAUGAUUUCGUUGACUAUGGCUAUCGUUUGGUUGACUGAUGCCAUUGUGGUAUUGUACUCAGAUAAAUUGGCUAUGUUUUGAUCGACUGUUGUAUUUGUGACUGUA